CGUCAUCCUCUCCACCACGGAGUGGCUUCAGAUGCAGCCCGGAAAAUAGGCAGGACACCUAUGUAGCAACGGAGCUAGCCGCUCCCAUGUGUGUGCUGUCACAAGGGUUAAGAGUCUACGAAACCAGUCUCAACAGAAAUCACAUUUAUUGUCUCUGACGACCACUGUAGACCACAAGAAACCAAGCGACAGGAAACGACGCGGACAUGGCGACAUCCAGCCCCUGUGUUGUGAUCAGUGAUGAGGAGCAGGGGUAUGACCUCGACCUUUUCUGCAUUCCAAAGCACUAUGCUGCUGACCUGGAGAGGGUCUACAUCCCACAUGGACUCAUCUUGGACAGGACAGAGAGACUGGCCAGAGAAAUAAUGAAGGAAAUGGGGGGACACCACAUCGUGGCCCUGUGUGUGCUUAAAGGGGGUUACAAGUUCUUUGCAGACCUGCUAGACUACAUCAAGGCCCUGAACAGGAACAGUGACCGCUCCAUCCCAAUGACAGUGGACUUCAUCCGCCUAAAGAGCUACUGUAAUGACCAGUCAACAGGAGAAAUCAAAGUCAUCGGUGGGGAUGACCUCUCUACGUUGACGGGAAAGAACGUCUUGAUUGUGGAGGAUAUCAUUGACACAGGGAAGACGAUGAAGACAUUACUGCAACUGCUUAAACAGUACAAUCCCAAAAUGGUUAAAGUAGCAAGUUUGUUGGUGAAGAGAACACCAAGAAGUGUUGGCUACCGACCAGACUUUGUAGGAUUCGAGGUUCCUGACAAAUUUGUGGUGGGGUACGCGCUAGACUACAAUGAAUACUUUAGAGAUUUAAAUCACAUCUGCGUCAUUAGUGAAACGGGCAAGGAGAAGUACAAGGCAUGAAGAGCAGUUUGUAACAAUUGUAGUGUAAAAUGAUCUUUUCCUUCUGCGGCCCAUUGUAUAUUGUUUCACUUCACAAGUGUUUCAUAAAAACACACAGCCAGCUCAGGGUUCCUGAUGGAGCCAGUUUUAGCCACCACACACGCUAGAUUACAUUUCUAAGAUUGACUGCCUUAGUGAGAACCACAUCUGGGUGAAACAGCAUGGAGCCCAGUGCCACCUGCUUCUUUGAUUCUAUACUGUUUAAUUUUUGGAGAUAUUAUUUUAGAUCAAUGCUGCUGGUACAAAAUUAUAACUGUGCUAAAAUGUCAUUUGAAGACCAUCCAGAGCUGUUUUUAUUCUAUGUCUGCUUCUACCUUGAACCUAUCAAAAGCAGUUUCAUGGUGGGCACUCUUGAAGCGAUAUUACAUGUUCUUAAAUUCUGCAUGUAUAUUUUGGGACAAAAAGCUUUUCUAUUUUAUUGUGCCGUGUGAUGGGAUUUUCAUAUAUUACGAUGUGUAGAAAAGUUCAGCUAAUGUUGAUUUUGGUCCCUAAUUUAAGGGAUGUGCUUGCUGAAAGACAAAAUAUCCUCUUUUAAGUGUUAAUUAUUUUUUGGACAAAGAUUCAUGCAUUUAAUUACUUUGUGUACCAUAAGACAGAGAUCCUCUAUUUUAUGCUGGAAGUAUGUGAACUGUAAAGUUUACAGAUGUGUUCAUGUUUGAUCGUUAAACUGAAGCUUUACAAUCCUGUUUGAUAUACUUUAACUCCAUCUACCAGUCAUUCAAUCAGACAUAAUUGACCAUGUUUUUUUGUUUUUAUUAUAUGAUAUGCUUUUAUUUUGUGGUGCCAUCACUGUAACCAGUGAAGACUGAAUUUUGCAGUACUGGUUAUUAAAUGUUCCCACCUCUCUUACGGCUA